GGCGACACAAGAAUGUGAGGGGAGAGAGAAACCAGUGUGUGAGUGAGCACAGUGCAGUCGCAGAAGUUGGCUUAAAAUAAGGUGAAAGCCACAGUACAGUAAACACACAGUGCUGGGAUGAGUGCCACAAUGAAUGUGACAGAAAUCUAUGAGGGGAUAGCUACCAUCCAUAACGAAGGAAAUGUCUCUGUCAAUGGAAGCAUGGAGGUCCAGUUCAUCUCCCCCCUCUUAAACAAAGCCAUCAAUACGCUCUCCAUAGUUGUGCUCUUCAUCACCAUGAUAUCCCUUGGCUGUACGAUGGAGAUUUCCAAAAUUAAAACCCAUCUCCUCAAGCCAAAAGGAGUGGCCAUUGCACUGCUGGCCCAAUUUGGCAUCAUGCCCCUGACUGCUUUCUGUCUAGCCAAACUCCUACAGAUGCCUCCCAUCAAGGCUGUGACUGUGCUCAUCUGCGGCUGCUGUCCGGGCGGAAGCUUGUCAAACAUUUUAUCCCUGGCCAUGAAGGGUGACAUGAACCUCAGCAUCGUAAUGACCACUUGUUCCAGUAUCGUGGCCCUGGGUAUGAUGCCUUUACUGAUCUACAUCUAUUGCAAAGGCUUCCCCGGGCUAGAAAACGCUGUACCAUACGUUGGCAUCAUCAUGAGUCUCGUGUUCACUCUGCUGCCUUGUGCCACUGGCAUUGUCAUUAAUCACUACAAACCAAACUACACUCCAGUCGUCAAAAAAACCGGUCUCUGCAUCCUGAUCAUCGCCAGCGUGAUAAUGUUCAGCCUGUCUUGUAUCGCCGUCAAAGACACACUAUGGAUGGUCCUCACACCUGAUAUUCUGACCGUGGCUGCACUGAUGCCACUGAUCGGCUAUAUGCUGGGAUAUAUCAUGUCUGUCUUAUGCAGACUCAGUCCAAAAUGCAGCAGGACCAUCUCCAUGGAAACAGGGUGUCAAAACAUCCAGCUGUGUGUUGCCAUCCUAAAGGUGGCCUUUUCCCCACAGGUCAUUGGACCCAUUUUUCUCUUCCCUCUGAUCUACAUCGCAUUCCAGUGUACCGAGGCCCUUCUUAUGUGCCUGUGCUUCAGAUGUUACCAAAGAUUCAAGCCACCAGCUGAGGAUAAAAUAAUAUUCCAGAGUAUAGAGGUUAAACAAGAGGUGGCAAAACCGUGACAGCAUCACAGAUGACAACCCAGUGCUGGAGAGGGAAAUGAAAGAGAGCUGCAUCCUACCCACAGAGGCUGCAGCUAUCCAGCGCCCUCACUAUCUCUGGGUCAUCUGCAUAUUCCUCACUCAGGCCUGUGAUGCUAACAGAAAGAUUGUUGAGAAUGUGCAGCCACUAAUACUUUAAUCAUCAUUUACUUGAUUGAGUCUAUACAAUGUAAAUUACAGUCAGUGCAUGUUUAAGUAGAAAGUCAAUGAUUAAUAAUGACAUUUUGUAUUUAUAUUUUUGUAUUCUAAAUAUCUGGUGCGAGGCAGUUUGAAUAUAUUUUAGCAAAUUUUAUAUGAAUGAAUGAGUUUAUAAAAAUCACAAUGAUCGAUGUGUCAUUUGGUCUUUUGAGACGGGAGAGUUGUGCUGUGCGUUACUAAAUAUUUGGACAUAAAUAUGUCAGACCUCAGAGGAAAGUCAAGCUCAGAUGUUUCAAAGAUGCAGAAAGCACUCGAAUGAAGAAAGAUACAGGCAAUUUGAACACCUCAAAUAAUAUUUAAUCAAAAUGGCCACAUGGUAUAUACAGAGUAAACUUAACUUAAAACUUUUUACAUAUAUUAAAAUACCAUCUUCACAAACAAAAACUAAUCCAUUCCUCAGUCCAAAAGUAAAUUCAAUGGACAGUCAAACAAAGCGAACACAGACAUUACACUAAUCUGUACACUUACUCAUUUUUGUGUUGGAUCUUCACAACCAUGUUUACAGUGUCACAUAACGUGCCUGCAGUAGAGUUAAAAUGGAAGAGGCAAAGUGAAAAGAACUACAUUUCUAAGAGCUGUGGAAGCAUUAAAAAAAAAGCCAAAGCUGGUCAACAGCGUUCUGGACACAAAUAAAUUAAAUACACAUUUCAGUUUCCAAGACUUAAAAAUAGAAAUUUCCAAGCAGCCUGCAUAAAUUAAAAAGAACAAUAUUUUCUGGUGUACAAGUGAUGUGUCUGACAAAGCCACACAUAUUACACUAAGCAGUGGAGGCAUUUAACUGACAUUCAUUUUUGAAAUUCCUUAUUUGACAUAUUAUAGAUACCUGUGCAUAGAAGUGGAAAGCUAAGGCCAUUGGGGCAAGGGUAUGAGUAUGAAGAGAAUACAUGUGAACUCUUUGCAAGGAUGAAAUGUGCUGAAUACAGGCCUGAAACAACAAGUCUCUUAAAGUGUUUGCCCUCAGUCCAAUGAAAUAUGCAGCAGAGUGAAACUCAUGGGUGGACAAGAAGCCUUAAACUGUACAGUGAUGUAUGAAAUGGCAUGAGUCAUGAUUAAUAACACCUUAAAUAAUGAGACAAAACAAGACACUGAUGAGAUAUUUAGCUCCCAAAAUGAGCAGCUUUGCCCAUUCAUUCAGUCUGUAGCUGUACAUACAUAGUGAAGGAAUUCCUAUAAAAAAAAAAAAAA